AUGUCUACCUACGUCCACAACUACCUGUCCGACGCAGUCAGGCGCAACAGGGUCAUGGCGAUUAUGCAGUUCCUUCCGAUGGCGUUGGAGGGGCCCGUGAGGAAUGCUGGCUGCGACUCGCUCGCCCAGUCGCUCGGCAGCCUGUCGAAGAUGGCGGAUGCCUACCGUGCAGUUAACCGUUUGGCUUUGGUGUUUAAUGCACUUGCGCCCGACACUCUGAAGAGUCUGACGAAGCCAAAGGAAGACAACGUUGUGGCCCGCAUUGAGCUGAUCUCGCACAUAUUCCACAUUGGAUUCUGCUUUAACGAGUCUACAUUUGUUCUGGCGCGCUUUGGUGUGCUGAGGAGCGAGCUGAUGCGCUUUGGUGGACUUGCCGUGACAUGCUGGCUGUACACGUUGGUGCUGGGCAUCAUCCGCCAGGCAUACCUAUUGGCGAAGCACAGCCUUUGCUGCUGCUCCAGUGCAUCAGAUGCUCAGGGGAAGAAGGUUGUUCCGUACACGCGCGAGGAGUGCAAGCGUGCUGUGGUGACCCUCGUGAAACUGAGCUGCUACGCCGCGUUUGCAAUGACAUGCCUCCCCAAGGGCAAGCCGCAGCUGUUGCGCGAGGUGAGUGGUCCCUUGGUGCCCCUGCACAAGCUGAUUUCGGCAAUGGCGCCGAACAAGCUCAUGCUGAACGACAGCAUGCGUGGGCUUUUGGCGCUCACCGCGUCUGCGUGUGAUUUCUACUAG